CCACUGGUGGGGCCUGCCGUCAGUAGACUCAAAGAAACCUAGACGGCGUCCUAAGUUUAGGCAUGAAUUCAACGCAGUAACUCAGAAGAAAUUGAGUGCAGCCAUAUAUCGGCGUUUUCGAAACUACGACUCAGACGACUAUAGCACGCUGCGACCCGCGGCACCGGCACUUCGAAGCACGCCGCAGAAGUUUCUUCGCCAAACAAUGAAGACACGUUUUCCCCCACUUCACCUGCUCCUGUGCACAUUGACCUUUGCUGUUUUAGCAGUCGACCGUCCAUGCGAUUACAGCGACACCCUCUUCGACAUCGGGCUAACGAAGGUGCUCGGACUGCCAUCCUUCGAGGCAUUUCCACUGGAAGAUAUCCGCCGCACGUUCACGCAGGUAUUUGAUUUCCGCGUGCGGCUCUCCCAAGGAAAGCUCUACGGCCUGCCGAACCUGAAGCGCUAUGACCGCAGCUUCAUCAAUGCUACCGACAGCGGUGUCACCGCCCUCUUCCAGAUCGAGGGAGGCCCGCUCGGCGUCACGUAUAAAGGCACCGUCAACUCUAUCCUGGUAGACGCCCGCGUAGAGGUCGCAGUCUACAUUCCCAGGAUCGAGUUGUUCAUCUACGUCGAGGAGUGAUCUCCUAACGACCUACGCCUCGCUGAGCUAAGGUUCUGGGCUGCCCCAGUGACUUUCAAUGCGCGCCAGCUUGACGGAACCAGCUUGAUGUUCGACUUUCUUCACUGGCUCGCCGAAGGCUCCAUCGAGAAGGCGCUCAACAGAAAGAUGGGCGAGCUGAUGCUCGAAGUGGUGCACCAGUUCUUGGGCCAGGUGGAGCUGUUCGCCAGAAACGGAACGAAGAUCGGAGACCUUAAGAAACCACGAGAAGACCCUGUCCUCAUCCCAGUGUGGAUAAUGCCUGAUGGUCCUUCUAACUCUCCUCUGGGCCCUUGGCAAGACCCCAGCAAAUGGGGAAUUUUUGACUACUGCGUCAAGCGAAUGACAUACGCCUCACACCUCGACCCAGUUGUGUUCACUGACGUAGACGAUGUCGUCUGGGAUGGCCGCGUCUUCCAAAUAUCCAACGUGACCGUAGAUGGACUCUCAAAUCUUCGUCGGGGAGGCGACAACUACGCGGUGACCGAUCGCUGUGGCAUCAGCGCUCGUGUAGCGCUCUCAAUUGAUAACAUCAGGGUAAAAUUAUAUGCCACCACGCAGAAACUUGGUCUGCGGCUGAGAAUGGACGUGCGAAUCAUUGCAGUUGACGUGGUCCUGAAGGUGAAAGAAACGAACAAGACAAUCGAGAUCGAAGACUACCAGCUCACGUUUCCGGUACCUGUGGAGUACGACGUGUAUGUGCUUACCCCCAUCAUUGGCCCACUGUUUGAACUGUUUAACGGCUACAUGCGGAGGCAAUUAACUGAAGACGAGGCUAACAAACUGGAAGAUCACUCGCGGAAGUACUUGGAGCGGGCCAUAGGGACAGUGACGGAAUUCAUCAAGGAUCCAGCUCCUUGGAUGCCAUGGAACAUCUCCAUCAUCGAUGCCUACCGCACAUACAGCGAGCAGCACCGAAGUUAGUUCCAUAGAAGCCUUAGAUCUCUUAGAUCGUUUGUCUGCAGGUUGCUCACCCAUUCUGAUUGCAACUAUA